CCGUUAGAUCUCUGAUAUUAAUAACCUUAGUAACAGUAUAGACGAAUUUUAACGCUGAGAGAGGCCAAAAAGAUAGCGUAGUGCCAUUUUAUGAGGGCCAACUAGCCGAUAACAGAAAACCCAGCAUAAGAACAUUUCCUUUAAAAAUUUGUCCGACUAUAAAGUGAGAAUCUUAUAACACCGGUUUUGUUAGAAGCUCAUCUUUCAACAGCCUGUAAAAAGGUGUGAAUCCAUGAGCUUUUUGAUUUAUACACAGGAAGUCAAUAGCUGCAGACAAAGUAUGGAACUUUGUUUAUAAGUGCUUGAUUCUAUAUGAAAGUCUUGGAUCUCCAUCUACACUUGCUUCACACUUUCCUCGCCGAUUUCACGCCUAUGUAUCUCCAUUAAUGCGUACAUAUUGAAAUUGUAGUGUUUUCAGCAGGGUUUGUAGAUUUAUAUAUACAAUUCUCUGCUAGUGGGGGUUGUGGAGGUUUUGGGUUGAGGUUGAGAACAAUGGGGUCUUCUGACGAAGUGGAGGAGACGACUUUGGAAUAUACACCCACAUGGACUGUGGCUGUGGUUUGCUCCGUUUUUGUCAUUGUAUCCCUGCUGCUUGAGAGAGGCAUUCAUAGGCUUGGAAAGAUGUUAAAGAAGAAGGACCAGAAACCGUUGUAUGAAGCUUUAGAGAAGCUAAAAGAAGAGUUGAUGCUUCUGGGGUUUAUUUCCCUGUUUCUUACCGUCUUUCAAGGUUCCAUCAACCGACUUUGCAUACCAGAAAGCUUGGCCAAACACAUGUUACCAUGUGAAUUGCAUGAGUCAGAGGAAACUACUGCGGAAGAGCCUUCUUCACAUGCGGAAAUCCCUUCUAGAAAAUUAUUUUCAUUGAUAGGAUCCACUAGUCGACGACUGCUAUCAACAGGAGGAUCUGGCUACUGCGAGAAGAAGGGAAAGAAACCUUUUUUGUCCCAAGAGGGAAUGCAUCAGUUGCAUAUCUUCAUAUUCAUCUUGGCUAUAGUUCACGUGGUCUUUUGUGUUUUGACCAUGCUACUAGGAAGUGCAAAGAUACGUACAUGGAAGACUUGGGAGGACGACAUUCAAGCAAAAAAAUACGAUCCACAAGAUGCUAUUAAUCAGAGGAAAUUCACCCAUGUAGCGGAAGAUGAUUUUGUCAAGAGUCAUGCCAAGUGGAAAAAAUCCUACAUAUUGAGUUGGAUGGCAUCUUUUUUUAAGCAAUUCUAUGGCUCAGUGUCAAAGGCAGAUUACAGCACACUACGAUUGAGCUUCAUUGAGACUCAUUGUAAAACAAAUCCAAAAUUUGAUUUUCACAAAUACAUGAUGCGAACUCUUGAAGCAGAUUUCAAGAAAGUUGUUGGUAUAAGUGGGUACCUGUGGUUUUUUGUGGUGAUCUUUUUGCUUCUCAAUGUUAGUGGUUGGCACUCAUAUUUUUGGUUAGCUUUCAUUCCUUUGAUUCUUUUGCUUGCCGUGGGUGCAAAACUGCAGCAUGUCAUUAUGCAGCUAGCUCAAGAAGUUGCUGAAAAACACACUGCAGUUGAAGGAGCAAUUCUUGUCCGGCCUUCAGAUGAUCACUUCUGGUUUCGAAGGCCUAAACUAGUCCUUCAUUUAAUUCACUUUAUUCUCUUCCAGAAUGCUUUUGAAAUAGCAUUUUUCUUCUGGAUAUGGACAACUUACAAAUUUGACUCUUGCAUUAUGGGAAGAGUUGUGUAUAUAGUUCCAAGGCUUGUAAUCGGGGUUAUUAUUCAAGUCCUUUGCAGCUACAGUACCUUACCGCUUUAUGCCCUUGUCACACAGAUGGGCACCACAUACAAAAAGGAAAUUUUUGAGAAUCAUAUUCAUGAGGGACUCUCCGCAUGGCAUCAGAAAGUCAAAUUGCGAGUCAAGGAACAUAACACCAAAAAUGAGGAUAAUUCUGACAAAGGGAGCAUACAAUUGCCUAGGACCAACGGCAGUGGCUCAUCUCAGAUGCAGUCCAGGACAGUUCAUAACACUACAUCAGAAAUUGCACAAGAGGCCAAUAUAGAAAUCCCAAAUUCUCAAUAGAGAAAAAGAGAAAAUCAGUAAUCGUCUUUCUGAAUUAGUUAUAAAUAUAUGCACAAAUGCCACAAUUUUAUUUGUGUGAUUCGUUUUUGUAUUAUGAAAUCUGAGCUGCACUUAGAGUAUUUUUUGAUGUUCUAAAUGGACAAAUCCUUUCCCAAAGGGGAAAAAGAUUCUUUGAAUCUUUUGAAAUGUGUAGGUGUCAUUGUAUAUAUUGAUAAAGAUGAUAUUGACUAGAAAUAUCACAUUUUUCUAUCGAAAUGCAUUUAUCAUUCUAACU